UGUGGCGGUUCCGGAAGCUCGAGUGUAAGCAUGGCUCUGGGAGGAAAGGAACGCAAGAGAAAGAAGAGCCGGGAGCAGGGACUGACCCCCGAAGACGGCGUGGAGGAUGCGGCCGCCGACUACCUGGUGGGACAGGUCGCCGACAGCCUGCGGGGCGCCCAGCACCCUCCUGGAGGCGGGACGGGGCGGCUGGCCGCUCUCUUCUGCACCGCGGAGUCCCGGGCUCCGCCAGUGUUUGUGCCUGUGCCCCGGGAAACACCAAAAAAAAGAAAACCCGAUGCUGAAGAAGAAAGUACGCCUCAUAUUAAAAAGCCAGUUUCGCAAGAACGUGCCAACAAAGUAAAAGUGAAGAAACUCUCUGAUGCAGACAAGAGGCUGGCAAACAGGGAAAGUGCGCUGGCAAGUGCUGACUUAGAAGAGGAGCUUCACCAGGGGCAAGGGCAGAAAAGGAGACGGCCUCAGGGGAGAGAGGCAGGUGGAGGAGCGCCCGGUGUCGCCCUCAGCCUUGAUGGGGGCCAGAGAACGAGAAUCCCGCUCAACCCGGAAGAAGAGCGCUUAAAAAACGAGAGGACGGUGUUUGUUGGCAAUUUGCCUGUCACGUGUAAUAAGAAGAAGCUGAAGUCAUUUUUUAAAGAGUAUGGACAAGUAGAAUCCGUGCGAUUUCGUUCAGUGAUGCCAGCAGAAGGAACACUGUCCAAAAAGUUGGCCACAAUAAAACGCAAAUUCCACCCUGACCAGAAGAGCAUCAAUGCGUACGUGGUGUUUAAGGAGGAGAGCGCAGCUGCACGCGCUCUGCAGAGAAAUGGAGCCCAGAUUGCAGAGGGGUUCCGUAUUCGAGUUGAUCUUGCAUCUGAAACUGCCUCUAGGGACAAGAGAUCAGUAUUCGUGGGUAAUCUUCCUUACAAAGCUGAAGAGUCUGCGUUGGAGGAACACUUUCUGGACUGUGGAAGCAUCGUAGCAGUGAGGAUCGUGAGGAACCCACUCACGGGUGUCGGCCGAGGCUUUGGCUAUGUGCUCUUUGAGAACACAGAUGCCGUUCAUCUUGCUUUGAAGUUAAAUAAUUCUGAGCUAAUGGGAAGAAAACUGAGAGUCAUGCGUUCUGUUAAUAAAGAAAAACUAAAACAACAGAAUUCAAAUCCAAGCUUGAAGGAUGUCAGUAAACCUAAGCAAAGACUUAAUUUUACUUCCAAAGAUGCAGGACAUUCCAAGAAUGCAUUUAUUGGAGAAAAGGCUGUUCUCAUGAAAAAGAAGAAGAAAGGACAAAAGAAAAAAGUGCAAACAAAGAAACCAAAAAAGCAGCAGUAAUGACAGAAGCUACCCUCUUCCUUUCUGUGGUGAGGGGUGUCUUGCAAUGAGGGUCUCGGUUUUUUAGGGAUUAUAUGAAAACUGUGGAGGCUUCCACAGUGCUUUUUAUUCAUAUUAUAUGUCAGGCUUCUUUGAAGCUUAGUUCUUAGAAGUGGAUGAAAGAAAAAUAAUAAACAUUAAUACUGGU